CUGAAAAUUCUCCACACUUUUUGAGAGACCUCAGUACUCUUGCUUUAAACACUCAAUCACUGGAAGCACCACUUGCUUUCACCAGCGCCUCAAGAUACACUAUGCAAAAUUACCUUUACCUUCAAUAACUCGUUUGACUAUGAGGCAAUUUUGAAAUAACUAAAGGCCACUUUUGCAGAGUUUGAAGAGUCUGAUCAGACCAGCCGAUGUUUUUUAGAAACUCGAGAGUCCUAAAUCAUUAGAAUUUCAAACGAAAUUCCAUUUGGGUUAUCAACUUCAAACAUUUUCAAGUAUUCCAUAGUAUUUUGAAGAUUUCAUUAUCAUCUAUUUCCAUCCACUACUAGAAACAAUUGGAAUACUUUGUAUACAGAGUAGGUGAAAUAAUGUUUCUUCUUUGUUGUUUCACUGUCUUCAUUCCCAGCAGCAGCUACUCAUACUACAGUUCUAGUCUGAACUAUUCAAAAUAGACUUGUUACAUUCCUUCCAGUUCUUCAUCUCUUCAUUGUAGAGAAACGAUAGGCAAGCUAAAAUACCUCGAAUCUGUUGACCAGAGUACCCAUUUUCUUUCUUACUUUGUCUUUAUAAGCAAUUUACAAAGCAACAAAUAAUCAAGUCAGGGUCUAGAGUCUUGUCCUGAAUAUUUCAAAGUAUUAGAAUUUCUUUCGUUUGAUAGGUAAGAUGGACACAGUUGUUUACUUAUCAUCUCUCAAUUAUUGGAUUAUAGUUCUAUUCGUUGAAAACUUUGUCGAAAAACAAUUAGAUUAUUUCCACUCUACUAACCUUAGUAGCAAGGCACCAUUUUCAUAUGUCGUGUUACUCCAUUAUAUAACAGACAAUUUUACUUUCUUUGGAAAACAAAGUGGUGAUGAUGUUGAUGAUGAUUUAAGACCUGAGAAACUUUAAAAUGUAGCUCAAGUUGGUCCAACCAAAAUUCUAUUCCAUUCAACAAACGCCUAUCAUAAGUAAUAAAUAGCAACUGAAUGAA